AUGGCCAGCCUCAACGUUUUCAAGAAGCCUCUGGCGCUGCACUCGACCAAGCCCAUGACGGGCUUCUUGCGUAACGGCUACUGCGAGGUGCCGGCCGGAGACUUUGGAAACCAUAGCGUUGCAGCUGAGGUGACUAACGAGUUCCUGGAGUUUUCGGCGUCACGUGGAAAUGAUCUGAGGACGGUUGGUCUGAUAGGAGGCUGUAGGUGGUGCCUCUGCGCAAGUCGCUGGAAGGAAGCUCUGGACGCACGCAAGAACGAUCAAGAUCCCGUGGUGCCGAGGUGA